GCGCCACUCGGCCGGCCCUGAAAUUAUUUUAAAAUGUCCACCUCAACUGGCAACCCAGCGUAGGACUCUGUACCUCAUUAAAAGUUGGGGUCCGAUGGACACAUGGCUAGAGGGACAGCUGUGUGAUAAAGCAAAGAAUAAAAUAAUGGUAGAUGCUAGGUAAUGGGUAUAUGGAUGUUCCCUAUAAUAUUCUUUCCAUUUUUCUGAAUGUUUGAAAUUUUUGAUAAUAAAAUAUUGGAAGGAAAUAUUUGAGGGCCCGUCUGCAGUCUGGGAAGGGGGAGGAGGAGGAAGUGUUACAUAACAUUUGUCUCAUUUAUGGAGCCUACUAUGGGUUGAGCCCUCUUUCAGGCCCUAGGUUUUGGCAACAGUUGUUUACUCAGUCCGUCCACAUUCACAUGGCUGCCCCAGAUGUUAAAAUCUGAACGAUUUCCCUACCGCUUGGUAAAUACCUGUCAUUUGCAGUCCUAUGCCUCUGCCCCCACCCCAAGACACACUGAAUUCCCUCCUGGGAUCCCCAGAUCUCCCCACCAUCCAGCGAUGAAAGAAUUUAUACCUGGCACAGCAAGGAGCCUUGGGUCCAUUCUGAUUGGUCAGGAUCUCUGCCAUUGGUUGUAAAUAUUUUGAACUUUACCCCUGAACUGGAGCAGCCUUGAGCCUUAUCUUCCUCCCUGCCAGAGGCCAGACCAUGGCUCACUGGCCUCCCGCAUCCUGAGGAUGGCCCAGCCAGAGGACAAGGCCUUGGCAGGCCCCACCGACAGGGAGAGACUGGUCCCAUCACAGGAGAAUGGAGCCAGCGAGACCUGCUUAGGGGUCUUGGGGGCUCAAGAGCCACUCCAUCGCCUGCAGAGGACAUGGGGGGUGUGGCAAGUCCCAGAACUGGAUGCUCAGGAUGCAGAAGCCCUUCUGGAGCUGUGGCCACCGGGGAGUUUCCUGGUCACAGGACAUGACCCCAGCCAAGUCCUGGUGUUGAGGACAGGACCUUCACCAGGCGAAGUCAAUACCUACCAGAUUCAGAAGCUUCCUGGAGGUAUGUCCCUGGAAUCCUCUAACCUCUGCAUGCCAGACCUGCCCCAUCUCCUGGCCUUCCUAUCAGCCAGCAGGGAUGUUUUGCCCAGAACACUGCUUUUACCCCCUCCCACUCUAGUGCCUGAGGAACAUGCAGAUCCUCUGCAGAUUGGCAGUAUCCAACUCAAUGCCUCAGGUAGGGUGCUCUCCGUGGAGAACAAGCUCUACCUGGAAGUCCACAGAGGAUGGACGAUGGAACAGAUCUCCCCAGAGACACCUCCAGUGACUGCCAAGAAACAAGACCCAGCCCCCAGGAAAUCUGCCCCUCACCGGGUCUCCUGGGUAGAAGGCCCACUCAGCCCAGAAGUACACCACUGUGGCCCGGCUCUGGUCAGCUUGGUAGAGGAAGAGGAGGAGGAUUAUGGCUACAAAGAUGAAGAAGAAGGACCUGAGGAUGUGCUUACUCGUCAUGUCCAGGCUCUGGCCAGAGCCCGGAGCAGCUACGUGGCCAGGCAGUUCAGAGGCCUUCAGGCACGCCUCACUUCAGAUGCUGGGGGCCACCACAGGCCUGGGGACCCAGCCACAGAGCUGCUUCAGGAUGUGCGGCACCUGCUUACUGACCUCCAGGAUCACUUAGCAAAGGACCCUGAUGUCAGGGCAGUCUUUGGGAGCAGGGGACCUGGGGUACUCCAGGAGGAGGAGGAUCUUGGCCCCAGAGUGGAGGCGGCCUUGUGCCGGGUGGUACUGGCGCCGCUGAAACCCGCCCUGUGGAAGCGACUCCGCACACUCCGAGCUCCAGCGCUGAGGCGACUGCGGCGGCGACAAAUAGCCCUGCGGGUGGGGGCGGGGCCUCCCGGAGCUCAGGGGGCGGGGCCUGAGGGACAGGGCCCCGCCCCCACCCUGCGGAGCCGCAUUCACGCGCGCCUCGCGCACCUCCACGCCGCUUGCGCCCCACGCCGCAAAGUGGCGCUGCUGCUAGCGGUGUGCAGUGACGUCUAUGCGGGCCUGGCUCCAGGCAAGAACCAAGAGCCUUUGGGGGCCGACGCCUUCCUGCCGGCUCUGACUGAGGAGCUCAUCUGGAGUCCGGACAUUGGGGAGACGCAGCUGGACGUGGAGUUUCUUAUGGAGCUUUUGAAUCCGGAAGAGCUACUGGGAGAAGCCGGGUAUUACCUGACCACGUGGUUUGGGGCGCUGCACCACAUUGCCCACUACCAGUCCGACGCAGAACGCGCGCCCCAGGGGCUCAGCUCCGAGGCCCGUGCCUCCCUGCGCCAGUGGCACCGCAGACGGACGCUGCACCGACAGGAUCGUGCAGGAGCCCAGGCCGAUCUGCCCUUUGAGGAACCAUGGGCAAUAGAGACUGUGCCGCAAGACCGAUGACGAAUUAGGGAUGAUGAAUUGGGGUCUCAAACCUUUGUGUUCCUCAAGCAAGAUGCAGAGGCACCUGGGACAACACCAACUUCUGCCCACUGUGGUUUAGGGGCAGCAUGGAGGAGGCGGUCCAACCAAGAGGGAAUGGCAGAGGCUGUCUCUGCUUCCUAAAAUGCCCUUCCCUAAUGUUCACACUGCUCCUUCCCUCCCUUCCUUCAGAUAUUUAGGCAGAUACCAAUCUCAGUGAGGCUCUCCCAGACACCCCGUCUAAAACUGUAACUCCUCCCUGUAGUAGGCAGAAUAAUGCCACACACACCCCUCCACCAUGUCCACUUCCUAAUCCCCAGAAUCUGUGAAUAUGUUACCUUACAUGGUAAAAGGGACUUUACAGAUGUGAUUAAAUUAAGGAUCUUAAGAUGGGGAGGUUUUCCUGAAUUCCGGUGGGCCCAGUAUAAGCACAAGGAUCCUUAAUAAGAGGGAGGCAGGGGGCAGCCUGUUAGCUCAGUUGGUUAGAGCACAGUGCUCAUAACACCAAGGUUGCUGUGUC